AUGCUACUCUCUCGAGCUGGGUGGCUGCUAUUGGCGAUGCUUCCUGCGGUCGCUCGGAGUGUGCAUAAAGAGCUUGUCUCGCUCGUCGAUAGCGACAGUGGGCAAAUUAGCUUGGAUGCGAAGACAUUUGAGCUCUUAACAUCGGACGAGCGGGACUGGUCGGCGGUCGUCCAGUUUACCGCGUCGGGCGAGGAGUGGAACUGCGCGGCAUGCUUCGCGUUCGAUCCUGUGUGGAAGACUGUUUCUCGGGCGUGGUGGGAGAAAGGGCUGAAAGCAGUCCGCGACAAGCAUUUCUUCGCGACGCUUGAUUUCGAUGGUCAUGAUGGAGACGAGCGGCAGGCGAUCUUCCAACGCCUGGGCCUGAAUACCGCGCCAGUUGUCCUGGUAUAUCCCGCAGUCAAAGGGCCGCGCGCGGCAAGAAGUGGGAAGCCGCUUACAUUUGACUUGUCCUCCGCGAAAACCUUCGACGCCGUUGCCCUCGCUGCCCAUCUCUCGGAAUUCACCCCCGCGCCCAUCCCGCUCUAUGCCCCAAUUGACUUUCGGCUGUACAUCGGGCGCGGCCUAUUAUUCUCCGUCGGAGCUUUCGGGCUCUAUGUCGCGGCUCGGCUGGCAAUCUUCCGCCUGCGCUGGAUAUGGGCCGCGGGCUCAGUCGUCUUCAGCCUGGUCAUGACGAGCGGGUUCAUGUUCAUCCGCAUUCGCGAGGUGCCACUAACCGGGCGGUCCGGCUCGUGGGUGGCGAAAGGCAUGCAGCAGAUGUACGGCAUGGAGAUGAGGAUGGUUGCGCCGAUGUAUGCGCUUCUCGGCCUCGCUUUCUACAUGCUCACUGCCAUGGUCCCAAAACACACCUCGUCUCGAACGAGACAGCGGAUUUUCGUGUACCUAUGGAGCGUUGUUAUUGUUGUGUUCUAUUCGGUCUUGGUUGUCUUCAUCAAAGUCAAGAAUCCGCACUAUCCAUUUCGGUUAAUAUUGUAA